AUGGAUGACGGAAUCUUUCACAAGUGCCACCGGGGGUCUGCGGACGCUGGGACCGAAGAGGAGGAGACGCCACCCAACAUCGAGCUGGGCGAGGGCGUGGCCAGGAACCACGCCGUUGUCUUCACCGACGGAGACAAGUGCAUCCUCUUCCCGUCCUGCGAGCGUGGUGCCACGGAGACCUUCGUCAAUGGCAGGAGCCUCCAGCAAGUCCUGAGCGACCUAGGUGUGGAGGAGGAUGCUCAGAUCUGCCGGCAGAGCGAGAAGCCGGAGGUCUCUGGCUACGAGCUUCAGCACGGCGACCGCGUCAUUUUUGGCAGGCACUACUUUGUCUUCGUGGUUCCCUCGAUGGGCUCCCCGGAGAUUAUGAUCGCCAGUGGCAAGGUGGACUACGUGGAGGCCAGGAACGAGUGGCAGGUCGAGCAAAGGUCGGCCAUGCAGCGGCGCUUCAGCGGCAUCCACGCAUCGAUCUUCGGAGGAAGCCUCAUGGGACUGGGCGCUGGCAAGUCUGGAGCGCUUCAGCUUGCAGAGCGUGACGAGGUCAUUGAGGCGCAAAGAGCGGAGAUCAGCGAGCUGAAGCAGCAGCUGGCUGCAGCCAAGGCUGAAAUUCGAGAGCUGAAGCACAUCGCAGGAGGCACCCUCGCAUCCUCCACGGUUGCACACAUCUUGUCGGGCGAUUACCGACUGGAGACAUCGCAGGCCGGCGACAUCAAGAUUGAUCGGAUCUCCGCGGCGAUCAAGAAGACGUUUACCGAGUCCAUCGACAAGAUGAUGGCCGUGGAGGCCUUGCUCUCGCGGAAGCAGCGCCGCGCCACACCCGAGUCAGGGGACUCCGCGCCCAGACCCGGAUCCAUCCUGAGGCGGGCGGUCUCCGAGGGUUCGCGGAAGGACAUGCGAGUGCGCGUGGGGCUUGGCGAAAGUGAGGGCCUGGCAGUUGGGAACUAG